UUUUCCCUUCAAGCCCGGAAUGAAUGUCCAAAGCCGUUUGGGAGUCGGGGUAUAAGCAAUUCCGGCGGUAUAUGCGGCGCCCGCCCUUUCCGCUUUCAUUUUCUUCUACUGUGUCGCUGAAAAUGGCCAAUUUGUCAGUUAUGAAUAAUUGAAUGUUUCCUUCUGAGUUUCUGAUAAACUCUUGCGAUGGAGCGCGCCACCAUGCCGCGCCGCGGGGACCUACACACAAUUUGUUCUUUUAAAAGACAGCUCCUUUCCCUAACUUCCUCAUAAUAUUUUUUUUCCCUUAAACCAAGCAGCUUCAAACGAGUUCAUUUCCUCCCGAUAUCCCUAGAUUGUUCCCGUAUAUCGUCCUUUCCUAUCAAGCACCAAUUUCACACCCGUCUAGAGUCCCAGCGGCACUUGUCUUUCUGUUCUCUCAAAUCCGCCAAUCUUCCACAGCUCCAACACCAGUGCCAGUGCCGAAAACAGGCCCCGGAAAAAUGACUGUAGCCACGCCUAAACCCCUCGUCCCCGCCGCUACCACCGCUGGCUUGAUAGAACUCGCCAAAGCUCGCCGCUCAGUCUAUCAGCUGUCCGCCUCGAGCCCAGUACCAGACUCGGAGAUCCAGGAACUCGUCAACAGUGCCAUCCUGCACGUGCCAAGUAGUUUCAACACACAGUCCACUCGCCUCGUGCUGCUCCUGCAUGAGGAGCAUACGAAGCUGUGGGAUCUAGCGUCCAAGACAUUCGAGGAAGGGAUGGUCGCGUCGGGAAAAGUGCCGAAGGAAAUGUGGGAGAACCAUACAAAGCCCAAGUUGGAGGGAUUUAGGGCAGCAUAUGGGACCAUUCUGUUUUUCGAAGACCCAGCACAUAUUGCGCCUCUGGCAGAGAAAUUCCCGGCGUAUGCAGAUCGAUUUCACCCCUGGACACAGCAUACGAGUGCCAUGCAUCAAUACUACCUUUGGCUAGCCCUUCGAUCAGUCGGCCUCGCCGCAAAUUUGCAACAUUACAACCCCAUAAUCGACGAGGAGGUUGCUAAGGCAUGGUCCAUCCCUACUGAAUGGGAGCAGGUCGCACAGAUGGUCUUCGGCACUGCAACGGGCGAACCAAUGGAGAAGACAUUUAAGCCGUUGGAGGAGAGAGUAAAGGUGUUUGGGGCGAAGGAGUAGAUUUUUGAUUUGGAUUGGGAAUGCGGGUUUGAUCAUGCAUAUACGAGAGACUGUGGAAUGAAAUAUAGCUUUGGCGAUGUCCAAUGUCAUGGAGUUAGAUUUCUUCAGCUGCGGAUUUGUUAGAUUUUCUAUUAUUCUUUUGGGUUUCGUCUCUGAAGCGCUCUCUUCCUUAGAUUUAAAACUUUCAGUGUGGGGCGUUCGCCUUUAUUGUACUUGUUUUAGAAACAUGGCCAUGUCCAUCACAAGAACCGCCAAUAGAAGGCCGGAUAGAUAUAUGUACGCCUGAUUCGGUGCAAGAGCUCUAGCAGAACUCUAUACCUUGAUUAAGCAAAGAUUUUCUCCCAAAUAAUAUUAAACCGCAUCUCGUAGAAGCACAGGAGAGGCUCAAUAUUAAAUGGAGGGUGUAAUGGCCGUCGGAAACAGACGAGGGUUUCUGCAGUAUAAGUGAGUACAUGCGGCCGCUACAUGGCCAAUUGAUUCCAGAAAUCCCUUCGUGCGUCUGGAACUGUUCAGAUGAUGAUAGAGCUUCGAUGGAGCCGGAGAACUCAACCACUGUAGUUUGGAUCCUCCAAAGAUGGGGAUGAAGGGGAAAUAUUGUGGGUUUUUUGUGGGUUUCUUGUGUGUUUGUGUGUUUGGGCGUGAUUGUUGAAU